ACACACACUGUAUCAUACCGUCCAGGUGAGACGGUGUUUAUAAAGCAGCAGCCUGGCAGCAACAUACAACUAAAUACAGCAGAUAACACAAGUGAAAGACUGCCAGGAUUUUUCAUAGGAGGAACACAACAUGAAAAUACUUGUACUUGUGGCUGCCAUAGCUGCAGUAUCACAGGCCCAGACUGACUGCUCUCAGGGGGCUUGUUACCCACCCAGUAGUGACCUGCUCCUUGGCAGGGUUCACCAGCUCCGUGCCUCCUCCACAUGUGGCCUGUCAGGCUCAGAGGUCUACUGCACCCCAUACCAACAGAGGAGGAUGAAAUGUUGUCCAUGUGACUCCAGGAACCCCAAUGGUCAGCUGGCCCAUACUGUUCAGGAUCUCCUGUCCACUUCUGGACCAGAUCGAUGGUGGCAGUCCAAGAAAGAGGUUAAUCCAGUCACCCUCGAGUUGGACCUGGGCAGCCUGUUCCAGCUUGACAACCUGGUGCUCAACUUCAAGGGUCCUCGUCCCAGUGAGUUUAUUAUAGAGAGGACAUUGGAUAAUGGCAGGACAUGGCAGCCUGCUCUCUACUUGGCUACAAACUGUCAAAAAGCUUUUCCUGACAUCCCCACGACAACACCUCUGAAUCUGGAUGAAACAUACUGCUACACACUGCCCCCUACUGGAGCAAAUCCAUACCAAGAUCACACAGUCCAAUUCAGUCCUUUGCGUCAGUAUGCUUAUGUGCCAGCUCCUAACAGCCGGAAAAUUGAAGAUGUGUCUGGGUUAACGGGGCUGAGGGUGAGGCUGACAGGGCUUGGCGAUGUGCCACGUCUGCCAGGAAGGGCUCUCAGUAGAUUCUAUGCCCUCAAGGAGAUGAGGGUGAUGGGCAGCUGUAUGUGUCAUGGACAUGCCAACCGAUGCCUGCCAGAGACCUACAACAACCCACUGUCCAACAGCAUACAGGUGAAUCCCCAGUGUGACUGCCAGCACAACACAGCAGGUGUGAACUGUGAGCGCUGUGCUGAUCUCUACAACGAUCUGCCCUGGAGAGCUGCGGAGGAGGGCUACACUCAUACCUGCCAACGCUGUGACUGUAACAACCACGCCCAGCGCUGUCGUUUUGACCAGGCCGUGUACGAGGCCAGUGGGCGGAGGAGUGGAGGUGUGUGUGAGGGUUGCAUGCACCACACCACUGGGCCAAAGUGUGACCAGUGUGCCCCAGGCUACCAGCCAAACCCCCGUAGCCAAAUGGACCGUCCUGAUGCCUGCAUACGCUGUAUUUGCAGUGCCGAGGGAACAAUGGAUGGGGGGCGGUGUGACGACAGCACAGGCUCAUGUCAGUGUAAAGUGAAUGUUGAAGGUACCCGCUGUGACCGGUGUAAGAGAGGCUACUAUGGCCUAAGUGCCUCCAACCCUCUGGGCUGCUCCAAAUGUUCCUGUUCCCCCGAUGGGUCCCUGUCAGAUGUAUGUGAUCUAGUGACCGGCCAGUGUCCCUGUCGUCCCCAUUUCCAUGGCCUCACCUGUGACGUGUGUUCAAAAGGCUACUGGAAACCAUUCCUGUCAGGACGCUGCGAACCCUGCAGCUGCGACCCCACCAGGUCAUACAGUGAUACAUGUGACCAGGUGACAGGCCAGUGCCAAUGCAGACCAAGCUUCGGAGGCCGAACAUGUACUGAGUGCCAAGACAACACAUAUGGAGACCCUCUCUUAGGCUGCAAACCAUGCCGGUGUGACACUGAAGGAACCCUUCCAGAAGUUUGUGACAAACAGACAGGAGCCUGUUUGUGUCGGCCAGGUGUCACUGGGGCCCGCUGUGACACCUGCAGCUAUGGACACUGUGACUCCUUCCCAGCCUGCGAGAUAUGUCCCUCCUGCUUCUUCUCGCUGGGUGCCCAGAGACAGAACCUCAGCUUAUCUCUGGAGAGACUCUCCCCCAGGUUACCUUCUCGCCCAGGAGGCGCUGGUGAUCUUGGAAACUUUGGUCCUCGAAUCCGUGCCCUGGAGGCCAGAUUAAACCUGAUCCGAAAUUCCAUCUCCCUUCCUCCAAGUAUAGCCAGACAGACUGAUGAUGCUCUUUCCCAACUGAACAAGCUCAGGGACCAGGUGGAUGAGAUUAACAAUGGCCUUUCACCACUAGAGAGAACUCCUGGUCUGGACUCAGAACUGGACAGACUACGUGCUCUGCUGGACCGCCUCACUGUGGAGUACAAAGCCAAGAAAGAUUCCAUAGACAACUCCAUGAGUUCCAACAAUGCAGGAGCGUUUUCUGCCAUCAAGAACGCCUAUGAUGAGUCUACAGAUGCAGCUAAGAAAGUGGAUGCCAGUGGAAACACAGUGAAGGAGUCAGCUGAUGUCAGAAAAGAGGCUAUGGACCUACAAAACCAAGUACAGCCAACCAACACCAGAGAUCUGGACAAACUGAACCAGAACUUGGCCUCCCGACCGGACCUCACUCCUGCUGCCAAACAGGUGUGUGGCAGUGUACGCUUAGAGCCCUGCACCCCUCUCCAGUGUGAGGGUGGAGAGUUAUGCCCACCAAAGGAAACCCCACCUUGUAAAAAGGGGGAAAAGUGUGUGGGUGCCCUGCCUCUGGGUAAGAGGGCUGACACUGACGCUAAGGAUGUGAAAAACCAACUGGACGCCCUCUCUGGGAAGAUCACAGAGGCUGCAGAGAAGCUCCAGGAAACACAGGAGAAAACCAACCAGGUGAGACAGUCAACAGAGAAGCUGUCCAGUAAGAUGAAGCAGGCCAGAGAUGAGCUGGAGCAAGACUUAAAGGAGACACGUGACGUUGUAAAAGACCUUAAAGACUUCCUGUCGGACCCAUCUUCCAAUCUGACCCAGAUCCAAGAGGUGAGUGACUGGAUCCUGAACGCCAAACUGCCUCUCAGCCUGGCUGCUCUGAAGAGGAAACUGGAGGAGCUAAAGAAUCUGGCAGCCAACCUUCCAGACAGCACGGCGGUGCUGAACGAGGCCGAACCACAGCUGGACACAGCAAGGAAGUUGCUGCAGGAAGCCCAGGAUGCCAGGGACACAGCAGUGGGAGUAAAGGCUGAUGUGGACGGGUUGUUGGCAGGCUUCGGCUCGGUGGAAGGCUCCCUCUCUGAUCUGGAGGACAAACUGCAGGACAGCAUGGAUCUCACAGACAACCUGAACAACAUCCUGACCAAGGCCAAAGACCAGCUGAGACCAGUGGAGAAGGCUCUGGAUGAUGUAUCGACAUUGAUAAAACCGAUGAAACCUCAGCUGGAAGAGCUAAAAGACCUGCUGCGGAAUGGUGACCAGCAGGCCCAGGAUGCACUGGAAAACGCAGAUAAUGCUGUGGAUGAAGCAUCUUCUGCCAGUGAGGACCUGUUGUCUUUGGAGAAGGAGCUUGGUCGUCUUAAAGACAAGGCUCCAUCCAGUGGCUCAGGUGGAGAGGCAGAGCCAUUGGAGGAACGUCUGGCGAAGCUGCAGCGUAAUGCUGGAAUUCUUGCCAACACCACUGAAGACAUGAUGAAGGCUCUGGAAGGUAAAGGAGAGUCCCUCAGCGGGCUGCAGGAUGAAAUCCUUCGCAAGUCAACAAAGCUUGAAGGACUGGAUGCAAAGCUUAAAGACCUCUUGGCACAACUUCGAAAGAAAGCUCACGACCUCAGGACCUGCCAGGGCUGAAAGUCUUCAUCCCCAGCUGCUGUUACGACAGCCCUGCACGCCAUUCAUACCCUCCACUGUCAGAAAAAAAAUCUUGACUUUAUUUUAGAAAAAUUCCUGCAGAUCUGUGAAACACUGCAAUAACAUCACACCUCAUCACUAUCUGUAAAAGAACUGUAAGCAAUGUAGGGAAUUAUUAUCUGGGGAUGAAUGAGACAGAAGGAGAGUUAAGGGAGAUGUAAAUGACUGCUGCUUAUCACAGAAUAACUCCUGGAAUACACUGAGAAUUAAAGACAUGUGUUGAUGGUA